ACGACCAUGUCUUUUAGAAAGAUCGACAUCGACGCAUAUGACGAGGAUGUCCUACUGGAGGGCGAGCUUUGUGAGCCAGAUCCACGCGAUCCCGCUCAGGUCUUGAGUGAUGCGAAACAGAAGCAGGCCGCAGUCCGGAGCACAUUAGCCAGGGGAGACAUACCAGGGGCCCUGGGAAUCGCGCUGGACAGCAUACCUUACGGGCCAAAUGUCGAGGAAGCUAAAAAUCUGACGUUACAGACCGUUGUUUCGAUACUGAAUAGCACGAAAUCGUCGGAGAUAAUCAGCGUCGUGAAAGUGCUCUCCCAGGAUGCUCAGGACACAUUGAUGAAGUACCUUUACAAGGGUAUGGGGAUGCCGGGCUGGGGUGAUGUGAGCGGCAGCGUGCUCUUGGGGUGGCAUGAAAAGCUGACGGAAGUCGCUGGCACUGGCUGUAUUGUACGAGUAAUGACUGACCGAAGAACUGUAUGAAUCAGCAUGCCGCCGCCGCUAUUGUACCGGUAUUUGAAGUUAAAGCACGAAUAACCACCGGUAUACAUGGUCCCGAGCUCGACCAUGCAGCAGCGUGGGAGAUGGGCUUGUACACUACGUUAUCCGCUGUCUUUUCCUCUUCAUUCUCUAUUGCAAACAGCGCUUCGAGUGUCUCAGCGACGUCACGCUCUCGAAAGUCCGGUCUGCAUGAGCACUCUUCAUCGCAGAUUCGUCAAGGUUCAGAUUGCUCACAGGAGAGUGACCUUGCCUGCAUUCUCUUUCAAUCCAGC